GCGCCCUAAGCAGACGCAGUCGAGUCACUUGGUGAAAAGUGGCUAAAGACAAAGGACACAACUCCCCUGCGAGAAGGAACAGAGCCUAGUUUCAUCCCCUCAGAGCGGCGUGCCACAUUUGGGUGUGUGACGGCAGAGAUUUGACAGCUUUUGGACACCCCGGCCCUUUUCCAGUGGAAGUUUGGCCGCCUCGCGAUGGAACAAAAAGCCCGACUGAGGAUGGAGGAAGUCACACUCAUCUCUCGUCUUUGAGAAAGGUCUCUUAGUGCCCUGCCUAUGUCCCCUUUCCAAGAUAAACCCAAUUUAAACCCUCACCUUCCCUGCAAUCGUCCACAAACACAAAAGCGCCUCUCUUCCGAGCGGCUGAGAGGUUACCAUGGUGAUGGUUGUCAUGAUGCAGAUUUAGCUUCCUGAAGGUGGUGGCCAACGACCCGAGAUGGGCAGCACUCCGUAUCCAGGCGGCGAGUGGAAGGGGAAAGGCAAAGGAAGCCUCCAGGACUUGGGGUGCAUGCCUUGGAAGGUCAGCAAGCAGAAAGCUGGUGGAGGGGAAGUAGUGAGAGCAGAGAAGCGAGAGCUUUCAUCCUCCUCGUCCUCGCUCACGGCGCCGCCACUUCUUCAACCUUCACCGGCGCGUCCGGCUAUUUACCACGAGAAGCAGCGGCGGGAGCUGUGCGCCCUGCACGCGCUCAAUAACGUCUUCCAGGACGGCUCGGCCUUCAGCAGGGACACGUUGCAGGAGAUCUACCAGAGGCUUUCUCCCAGCACUCUGGUGGCGUCUCACAAGAAGAGCAUGCUGGGAAACGGUAACUACGACGUGAAUGUCAUCAUGGCUGCCCUGCAGACGCGAGGCUUUGAGGCGGUUUGGUGGGAUAAAAGAAGGGACGUCGGCAGCAUUGAGCUGUCCAACGUGACCGGCUUCAUUCUCAACGUUCCGUCCAAUCUCCGCUGGGGACCACUACAGCUGCCGCUCAAACGCCAGCACUGGAUUGGGGUGAGAGAAGUCGCGGGGGUCUACUACAACCUGGACUCCAAGCUGCGUGGCCCUCAACCAAUCGGGAGUCCAGAUGAUCUCAGUUCCUGCGCCAGCAGCUCCGAGGGAAGAACUGUGAACUUCUGUUGGUGGUGUCGGAGGAAGUGGAAGCGCAACAAACAUGGCGCUCUGACAGCUGAGGACUAAAGCAGCCAAUCACAGCCUGCGGUUGAGAUUCAUUUGAGUGAGGGCCUUUUGCUUCCUUGUGGAAUAUAUUUUUUUUUUGAGAGGUGGAGGAGUUUGUUUACACCAUUAAUGGCGGGAUUCUCCUCAUUGGACGCAAAGCAAUGAAGAAAACUUUCCAGGGAGGAUUUAAGAGUUAUUUACAUCAAGGAAGAUUAUUCAAUUUCUGCUCUUCUUGUGUUUUUUAUACAACAUAUCUUGAUUUGUGAUCUGCUGGUUUAUAUAUUUUGUUUUCUUUUUUACUCUUCAAGUCUCCAAUGUGGUCGGAGUACUCUUGAAGAUAAUUAUGUCUCUCCUUUAUCAGAGGGUAUUGUUUAUUUGCCGAUCCUUCACUUUCACCAAAGCGUGCCCUUCUUCACUUUGUUGUGAUGACGUCUCACUCCAUGUUGUCAGAGGUCACUUUUUGUGUUGCAGCCACAGGAACAGAGCGAGCCUUUACCCUACAAUCUUGUUUUUUGGGGGUGUGGGGGGCAAAACAACUCCAGCACUUCCUCUAGUGGAUGCUUGCUGUAGUUGCAGCUUUUUUUUUCUUCUCUUCAAACUGUAGUAGUGGUCAAAGAAAUAUUGCAAUACUACAUGUAUUUACUACAGUGGCUGAUGCAGGAAAAUGUGCAGCAAUGUACAAAUGCAGCGAGAAAAUGCUGCAAUCACAUAAAUGAUGCAGAUGCCAUAAACAAACACAAACCUCAGAAACAACAGCAUUGGAUAAAUGCUGCAAUUUAGCUGAACAAAGUGGAUGUUAGCCAACUAGACGUAAUAUUUAAUAUUGUAGAACAACUGAUUUUUAUUUAGUUGAGAUGAUUUCAGCAAUGUUUUUUUUUCUGGGCAUCCCACGAAUGCAGUGGUUCUCACUUUUUUCACCAAAUACCAUUUCAGAAAAAGCUUGGCUCAUAAGUACCACCACAAUGACCAACAUUGAAAUACAGUCGCGUAGUAGGCCUAAGCAGUCAUUAAAAACAAGGCAGAGGUUUUAUUUAACAAGUACCGGUAUAUUCAAUAUGUUUGGCCACUGUAAGAUAACACACGAUGCAUAAACAACGAUGUUACUCCAUAUACAGUACACAUUUACAGACAUCUUUGGCGUACUACUAGAUGGAGCCCGCGUACGUACCACAGUUUGAGAACCACUGCGCUAGUUCCUUAACAAAAACGGCUAACAUAUAUUUUGUCCUGUGAACUUGCAGCAUUUCUCUCAUGCACUUGUUUUGGGUUUUGCAGUGUUUUUUAUUUUUAUUUUUUACAAAUAUUUUGACAUCCUGCAUUGCUCAUGCAAUCACAGCAUUUCCCCGAUGCAUGUGUUUUAUGGUUUGGAUUAUGCCCCUGUCAUCCACUCUAAUGGACUGCCCCUGGACGACAGUCUAUUAUGGAAAGAAUAAUUUCACCAAACAAUGCCCAUGUUGCACAAUUCAUUUUCAUGCACAAAACAAUCGCAGUGUGACGUGUAUAAGCUAUCUUUUUGUGUGCGUAAUAGUGUAUCGAACGAGUCCGAUUCUAUCGCUUGUAGCUUCAGCGAGUUCAAUGUUCAACCGGCAGUCAGGUUACUCUUCAGGCAGUGGAUAAAAAGCCAAUUUAUCUUCAUCAGGCGGCUCUCAAUGGACCUUUUUGUGUUUUUUUGCUCAAUUUAAGUUGAGUCCAAACCCUUAAGUCACAGUGUUUGGUCUUUUUACAUUUGUUUUUCCAGUGAUCCUUGAUGUUAAAACAGUGAGGAGGAUAUAGGUAUAUAAUGAUAAACAAUGAUGUGUGUGUGUGUGUGUAUAUAUAUAUAUUUUUUGCACAAUCUAAUGAUAUCCAUGCCUUUUCUAAGAUCAUAAGAGGUCAAUCUAAUAUUACAAUUACCAUAUUUUGCCACAUGAGAUGAUGCAAACUACAACCACGGGAAUAAACCCUUGAUUAAGUAAAUCUCAAAUCUAAGUAAAGUUGGAGUGUAUAAUGUUGGAUGUCAUGAUAUUGUGUAAUUGAUAAUAUAAAUUGCAUAUAUGACACGUUGGAUUUCAUCAAAAUUCCACCAUACUUUUAAGCCGGGGGUGUCCAAACUACAUAAUUGAUAAUCAUCCAUCCAUCCAUCCAUUUUCUACCGCUUAUUCCCUUUGGGGUCGCGGGGGCGCUGGAGCCUAUCUCAGCUACAAUCGGGCGGAAGGCGGGGUACACCCUGGACAAGUCGCCACCUCAUCGCAGGGCCAAUUGAUAAUCAAUACAGAGAAUUUGAAGGAGGAGGGGGCUACUUUGAUACAUUUUGUACAAUAAAGAUACUAAAACCAAUACAAUGUAGGUCAGGGUUAUUCAACUGUCGACUGGGGGGGACCAUAUUGCCCUUGUGGUUUCAUUUGAAAACAUUUUUGCAGAAAAUUUGUUAAGAGUGGUCCUGUUGUAUGGAGGAACUUGGACCUCUGUAAACACACUGGCAGAUCCUUGCAUUGACAUUUUAACCUUGCUAGCAAGCAUAAAACACUGGGGUCCAAACUUGUGAUUUACUUAACUGAGGCGUUCCUCAAGACACCCCUUGAAGUCCUCUCCUACACACUUUUUUUUUUUGGUAAUGUGAUUUGCGUAACUAAGGUGAUGCUGUAGCUUUUUUUUUUACUUUAGUUAUACUAGUGCGUUGCUCAAGGUUGCGUUUUAAGUCCACUCUUGUUCAUCAUUUGGGCUAUUCUAUUCAACUGGUGUUCGGUUAAAAAAAAUUGUGAGAGACUCACAUUUUUGCUGCUGAUUCUUAAAAACACAAAAGUGCUGUCUUAGAUAUGAUCUUUGAUUAGCUUUUUUGCACAAGGUCCUUAAAAACGGCAUAGCGCUCCUGUAACUCUGACCGAAUAAAUAGACUAAAAUCAAACGUCUACUGUCAAGACGGUGGUUCUCCAGAAUAUACAAAUUAGAAAUAAUAGCAAAAGGAGAAGUCCGGCCCUCUGGUUCUUAGCGUUGUGUUUUACAAGAAAUGUGGGUGCAUAUUCAUUUGAAAGGACACACGAAAAUCAUCCAAAAACAUUUACAGUGGGACGCACAGGUCGUCGGUCAUUUUGGUUUUAAGGGUUCCAUUUUUGGGAGAGUUUGGUCCUUUGCAUUUUUCUUAGUUUUUAUGUCAUGUUCGAAUCUGGGAUGUGUUUAUUUUGUCUUUAGAAAGUGUCACGAACCAAUAAAAAAUAUUCAGUGGGACACAAAUGGCCCCCCAAUUAAGUACUUUGGACCCCCCUGUUUUAAGUAGUCAAAGGUUUCAUUAUAAGACUUAUCAGAUGUCAUAUCAGCCCUGCGUUGUUGUCAUUUUCAUACCCACCCUGUCAAAGGGGGAUUUGUCAGCAAACAGGUGGUUAAUUCAAGUGACACUUGCAGCAGUGCACCUGUAGCGCUCUUGAACCUGCACACAACGUUUAUGGGAGGGGGGUGUCGUGUCUUGUACUGUAACGUAGGCUGUCAUGUGUGGAUAGGGGAAAAGAAAAUGGGUUCAUGUGGUUGUAUUAUUGUGAAAUUAGCCUUAUGAGAGAUUCGCCGUCGUAGCUCUUGUUUCUAAGAUGUAUUGUCUUAUUUGCGACAAUAUUGGCCUUAAAUUGUUUACAUGAAAAAACGGUUUCACAUGUGUAUUUAAAGCACUAAUGUAGACAAGCAGUCCAUUAAAGAGGUCUUCACUGAUUUUGUUAUUUACAAUGCUUUCAUUGAUAUACAGUACAAUCACAUUAAUAUGUCAAGCUUCAAUGCCAAAAAUCAUGUUAUAAGUUUUCCAAAUGAAUAAAUCAAAAUGUUUGUUGCAUAGAAUUGAAUUGCUUAUUGCCACACUCUUAUGUUGAUGCGUCAAUGCGGGUGUAUUAAAUGGGCCAUCAAGAAAGGAAAGCUUUUUGCUGUCUUGCCUGGUUGGGGUUGAGCGGCGUUGUAAUUAUAAACAUGAUUACAUGCUAGGAAUGUGCCGAUCGAUGGGUAUCGGCCGAUUUUUGUGGAAAAGUACAUGAACGGCCGUUGACAAUAAAUGCCUUUCAAUAGUCACAAACAGCAAUCCUCUCAGCCAAUUAUGUGUCUCCAUACACAGUGUGGAGCCGCUCCACAAAGUUAAUAAUAAUCACCAUAAUUAUGGCAAAUAAACUG